AUGGAAAUGAUGCGAAUUAAUGGAUAUUCGACAAAAGAAAGACUACUUGAUGUCGAAGUAUGCCUUGAGCAGUUCAAAGGUGAAGAUUUGAUUCGGCAAUACGUGCUUAUAUCGACGAGACAGUGCUAUGUAUGUCGACAGGUGAAUUCUGAACCAUCAAGCGUAAUCUUCCGAAUUCCCUAUAAAUACCUUAGGAGCGUUCAACCUCGACCAGAACUGGAGAACUCUCUAGCGAGUUUAGAGGUGAUCCUUGACACUGACGACCGUAGGACUUGCCCAUCACAUGUAUGGUGCGGUAGAUUUGAGGUGGCAAGACGACUAGCUGAGAAAACAAUGCGAGCCAAGCAUGAAUAUGACCAUAGCAAACGAACUCUAACAGCCCAGGAAAAUGAGAAUGGCUAG